GUGAUGUAAUUGUUUUUUAUAAAAUGGUGUCCAAGUCACCCCUAACACCAUAAAAUGGCUCCUGUUGUCUCAUUUCCUGUCUGAACAGGAAGUGUUGGCUGAGAAAAUAAAAUCUCCUCUGCAGUUCUUUAACUAUAACCCUACUAUCUGACUCAGGAAAUAGUUUUAAUUGAAGGGAUAUUCAGCUAUCUGAAUAUUUACAUAGUUUCUUAUGAAACAUAAUAUUUGAGUUACAUUUUUUGUUCAAAAUAAAAAGGGGUGGGUCUUUAGUAUAUCACCUGAGUGCUGGGUAAAUGGAAAGAACGUCAAUCAAAGGCUAAGCUUUCAGAGCUGGGAAGGAGCUCUAGAUGGCGGAUGAGCCUUGGGAAGUGGAACACGUCGAGAGUCUGCAGGCUUUUGGCUGGCUCUCUAACUUUGAUUGGCUCUUCGUGUCGCUUUUUUGACAUUUAACAAAAUAUAUACAUGUGAUCUGUAUGAAGUUAUUAAUAUUUUCCGAGUAAAUUCCGUUUAUGUCGUCGAGAACACCAGCGCUGUAGUGUGAAUGCGCGAGUCGUUGUUUUCCCUGCCUUGCUCUGGCAGCCAUGGCGCUCCUCCAUUUUUAGUGCGCUUCGCUAGUUACCUCAGAGUCUCGACCCCGCUAUUCUGAAGUCUUGUCUGGACAGUAUUAGUACAAUUCGUUUACAAAAUAGUCUAAAAUAUUUUAAACAGUGUAUUUUUGCAUUUCGGAGACGUAAAGAAUAUAACGUCGAUUUUUGCUGGCACGAAUGUAACUUAUUACAGUGGAUGGUUUAUCCUCCGGUGUCUUUGAAUGGAAAUAGGUAGGUUACUUUGUAUCUUUUUUAUUUUUUAACAGUUUCACUUUUUAAACCAGCUUCUAUCAGUCCUUUGUGUGGUGACGCAGUUCGAAUUUAUGUAUGUGGCCCAGUACAUGGAUCACUUUGAAAUGGAAUCAACACAUGGUUAUUCAGUAUCGAUUAGUAUUGAGCAGGUAUCAUACAGCUAUCGAUACAUGAUGCUCUGUUUUUGAUUGUUAUAUUUCAUUUUUUAAAUGUCCGGUUGUAGGCUAAUACAGCCCACGUCUGUCGCAACGCCGAGGCUUUUGCUGUCCUUUUAGCAAAAGCAGGCUGGUGGAGCAUGUGUGAUAGUUCACCCUUCUUUCAACUUUUGACAGUAAAUACCUGGACAUAGCAUCGUCAUACCAAAACUUUUCAAGUAACAACGAUGAUGAAGAAUAAGUCUAAAAAACAGGAGGAUGAAGGAUCAACCCAAAGCAAUGCUUCCAGCAACUCUGCCUCCGAGGAGUCCAACCACUCGGCCUCGGAGUCAGGCAGCCAGUCGGAAAGUGAGCAGGGCAGUGAGCAUCGGAGUGAGCGUGGCAGCGAUCGGGCCCGCUCGCGACGCUCCGAGUCCAACAGCACCUCCGACUCAGACAGCCACUCGGCCUCCGGGAGCGAGUCCACCGGGUCCAAGUCACAGAAUGCCUCAGGGGAGGCCAAAAACAAGCCUGUACGGAAAAAAGACAAGUUGGCCGAUGUGAAAAAGAUGUGGGAGGAGCAUCCAGAUGUGUAUGGGGUCCGGAGAUCUAGCCGCAGUAGACAAGAGCCCUCACGUUUGAACAUAGGGGCAGAGGGUAGCAGUGAUUCAGAAAGUGAAGGUGUUAAAAGAAAAGGACAUCAACAGAAAAAGAAAAAACCUCAGACCAAACCCAGCUCAGCUAAGAAACAGCAGACUCAAAAGGGACGCAAGCAAAGGAAGCAAGAAACCUCAGAUGACGACGAUGAUGAUGAUGAGGAUGAUGAGGAUGAUGAUGAUGACGAUGAGGAGGACACCCCAAAGAGACAGACCCGCAGGAGGGCAGCUACUAAAGUCAGUUAUAAGGAAGACCAAAAUGAUUUUGAGACCGACUCAGAUGACCUGAUCGAGAUGGCAGGGGAGGGGGCCGAGGAGCAGCAGGAUGACGACAGUGAGACCAUCGAGAAGGUCAUGGACACUAGAACAGGGAAGAAAGGAGCCACUGGGGCGUCCACAACUCUGUAUGCUGUAGAAGAGAAUGGGGACCCGGGGGCAGACUUUGACCCAGAGAAAGAUGAGGGGGAGACACAGUUCCUGAUCAAGUGGAAAGGCUGGUCCUACAUUCAUAAUACCUGGGAGAGUGUGGACACCCUCACCCAGCAGAAGGUCAAGGGCCUGAAGAAGCUGGAGAACUUCAAGAAGAAGAAUGAUGAGCUCCAGUAUUGGUUGAAAAAAGCUUCUCCAGAAGAUUUGGAGUACUACAACUGUCAGCAAGAGCUCACCACAGACCUAAACAAACAGUUCCAUUUUGUGGAGAGAGUGAUUGCUGUCAAAACAGGGAAAACACAAGGACCUUCAGACUUUCCCUCGCACAAGACCACGUCCAACGAACCAGAGUACCUGUGCAAGUGGAUGGGUCUACCUUACUCUGAGUGCAGCUGGGAGGAUGGAGCCCUGGUGGGCAAGAAGUUCCAGCACUGCAUCGACAGCUUCAUCAGCAGGAACAGCUGCAAAACCAUCCCCUCCAAAGACUGCAAGGUAUUGAAGCAGAGGCCUCGUUUUGUGCCACUAAAGAAGCAGCCUUCUUACAUUGGCAGUGAGACCCUGGAGCUGAGGGACUACCAGCUGGAUGGUGUGAACUGGCUGGCGCACUCCUGGUGCAGGUGUAACAGUGUUAUAUUAGCAGACGAGAUGGGCCUGGGGAAGACCAUACAGACCAUCUCCUUCCUGUCGUACCUGUUCCACCAGCAUCAGCUCUACGGGCCCUUCCUCCUGGUGGUGCCCCUGUCCACGCUCACUUCCUGGCAGAGGGAGUUCGACACGUGGGCCCCAGACAUGAACGUGGUGGUGUACCUGGGUGACGUCAUGAGCAGGAAAUCGAUCCGUGACUAUGAGUGGAUUCACCAGCAAACAAAAAGAAUCAAGUUUAAUGCACUUUUGACAACAUAUGAAAUUCUACUGAAAGACAAGAGCAUUUUGGGGAACAUCAACUGGGCCUUCCUGGGCGUGGAUGAGGCCCACCGUCUGAAGAACGACGACUCACUGCUCUACAAAACGUUGAUCGACUUCCGCUCAAACCACCGGCUGCUCAUCACGGGCACUCCGCUCCAGAACUCCCUUAAAGAGCUGUGGUCCCUGCUGCACUUCCUCAUGCCAGACAAGCGUUGCUACUACACUCUACCUCAGCCACUUUCAGUUUCGAAACUAACAUCAUCCUCUCUUGUCGCUGAUUGGCCCUCUACCCUGGUGACUGAGGGAAACGUAAACGCAUUGUUUGAGUCCUGGGAGGAUUUCGAGGAUGAGCACGGGAAAGGGAGAGACAAUGGCUACCAGAGCCUGCACAAAGUCCUGGAGCCCUUCCUGCUCAGGCGUGUCAAGAAGGAUGUGGAGAAAUCCCUCCCCGCCAAGGUGGAGCAAAUCCUCCGGGUCGACAUGUCUGCCCAACAGAAGCAGUACUAUAAGUGGAUUCUUACUAGGAACUUCAGGGCCCUCUCUAAAGGCAACAGAGGCAGCUCCUCUGGCUUCCUGAACAUCGUCAUGGAACUGAAGAAGUGCUGUAAUCAUGGUUUCCUCAUCAAGCAUCCUGACGACAUCGAGGAGGAGUCACAUGAGCAUUUGAAGAGCCUGGUGCGGGGCAGUGGGAAGCUGGUGCUGCUGGACAAGCUGCUCACACGGCUCCGAGAGAGGGGCAACCGCGUGCUCAUCUUCUCCCAGAUGGUCCGCAUGCUGGACAUCCUUGCUGACUAUCUGUCCUACAAGCACUACCAAUUCCAGCGUCUGGACGGCUCCAUAAAGGGUGAGCUUCGCAAGCAAGCACUGGACCACUUUAACGCCGAGGGCUCGGAGGACUUCUGCUUCCUGCUGUCCACGCGGGCUGGAGGCCUGGGCAUUAAUCUGGCCUCUGCCGACACCGUGGUCAUCUUCGACUCAGACUGGAACCCUCAGAAUGACCUGCAGGCUCAAGCCAGGGCUCACAGGAUUGGACAGAAGAAGCAGGUGAAUAUUUAUCGAUUGGUGACCAAGGGAACUGUGGAGGAGGACAUCAUUGAGAGGGCCAAGAAGAAGAUGGUUCUGGACCAUCUGGUCAUUCAGAGAAUGGACACCACUGGGCGCACUGUGCUGGACAACAACACCUCAGGAAAUACAAACUCGAACCCUUUCAAUAAAGAGGAGCUCACUGCCAUCCUGAAGUUCGGUGCUGAGGAACUUUUCAAGGAGGCAGAAGGAGAGGAGUCAGAGCCACAGGAAAUGGACAUUGAUGAGAUCCUGCGCUUGGCAGAGACUCGCGAGAGUGACCAGGGAUCUAGUGCUACUGACGAGCUGCUCUCUCAGUUCAAGGUGGCGAACUUCACCAUGGACGAGAACGUGCCCGAGCUGGAGGAAAGGCAGCCUCGCGACUGGGACGACAUCAUCCCUGAGGACCAGCGUCGGCGGAUCGAGGAGGAGGAGAAGCAGAAGGAGAUGGAGGACAUCUAUAUGCUGCCUCGCAGCCGCAGCUCCAACAAGAGGGCACGGGCCAAUGACAGUGACAGUGACGUUGGCUCCAAACUCAAGAACCGCUCAUCUGGGUCGGACAGUGAGACGGACGACAGCGAGGACGACAAGAAGCCCAAAAGGCGUGGAAGGCCGCGGGCACGCAAGAACAAUGUGGAGGGCUUCACAGACGCCGAAAUCCGCAGGUUCAUAAAGGCUUACAAGAAGUUUGGAGCACCUUUGGAGAGGCUGGAGGCCAUUGCACGGGACUCGGAGCUGGUCGACAAGUCCAUCGCCGACCUGAAGCGCCUGGGAGAGCUGGUGCACAACAGCUGCGUGACAGCUGUCCAAGAGCAUGAGGAGCAGCUCAAAGAAAACCCUGCAGAAGCUAAGGGUCCUGGGAAAAGGCGAGGGAUCAACAUCAAGAUCUCUGGCGUGCAGGUCAACGCCAAGUCCAUCAUUCAGCACGAGGAGGAGUUUGAUCCCCUGCACAAAGUCAUCCCCUCCAACCCUGCCGAGAGGAACAAGUUCCAGUUGACGUGCAGGGUGAAGAUCCCCCACUUUGAUGUGGACUGGGAUCUCCAGGACGACACGCAGCUUUUGCUGGGCAUUUACGAGCACGGCUACGGCAACUGGGAUCAGCUCAAGACGGACCCAGACCUCAAACUGGCCGACAAGAUCCUCCCUGAUGACCCGGACAAGAAGCCCCAGGCCAAGCAGCUACAGCUGCGGGCAGACUACCUGCUGAAGAUGCUCAAGAAGGAGCAGGACAGCAAGAACCUCGCCAAGGCAGGAGAUGAGGUUGUUGUAAAGAAGAGAAAGCCUCGUGUGAAGAAGGAGAACAAGGUUCCCAAAGAUGAACUGUCCAAUGACAUCUCCUCUCCGCGUCUCUCAGACAACCCCUCUGAGGAGGGAGAGGUCAAGGAUGACACGGCUGAUAAAUCACCUGCCAAAAAGAGACAGAAGAAGAAAGACAACAAAGAGAAUAAAGAGAAGCAGGGAACUCCUAAGAAAGAGAAAGAGAAGAAGCGUACCAAGGCCAAAAAAGAAAAGGCGAAGGCAGGAGCCAAAGGGAAGAAGCCCCAGGGGCCAGUGCACAUUACAGCGGGCAGUGAUCCUGUGCCAAUCGGAGAGGAGGACGAUGAGCUGGACCAGGAAACCUUUAGCAUUUGUAAGGAGCGUAUGCGGCCAGUGAAGAAGGCUCUGAAGCAGCUGGAUAAGCCUGACGAGGGAAUGACCGUGCAGGACCAGCUUCAGCACACGCGCACCUGCCUGCUGAAGAUCGGCGAUCGCAUCACAGAGUGCCUUAAAGCCUACAAUGACCCGGAGCACGUCAAAACCUGGCGCAGGAACUUGUGGAUUUUUGUGUCCAAAUUCACGGAGUUUGGAGCCAGGAAGCUGCACAAGCUGUAUAAGAUGGCUCAGAAGAAACGCUCCCAGGAGGAGGAGAAAGAGCAUCGGAAGAAGGAGGACCCAGGCAAGAAGAGGCCCUUCAGGCCUGAGCCCUCCGGCUCCAGUCGAGACUCCACAGGCACCCAGGCCUCUCAGAAGGGCCAUCCUUCUGGGCCCCCUGGACACGGUCACCACAGAGACCCCUACGGCCAGCCCAACAAGAGACACUUCCCAGGAGAUGACCGAGGAGACUGGAAAAGGGACCGAAGCUACGGUUACCCAAGCAAUAGCAACCAGUCAUGGCAGGGGGACCGGCACCACCCCUACGACCGCUACAAGGACCAUCACUAUGGCGACCGGCGUCCCCACAGCGACUCCUACCGGAGCUCAGGGGGCUACCGCAACAGCGGCUCCCCACGGAAGAGGCCCUACGAUCAGUACGGCAAUGAUCGUGACCACAGAGGCCACCGGGACAACUACUAUGACCGACACAUGGACCCCAAGAGGAGACGACCCGAUGACUUCCGCUCCCAGAACUAUGGCAGCAGUGGAGGAGGAGGAGGUAGUGGAGGAGGAGGAGGAGGUGGUGGUGGUGGUGGAGGCCAUGGUCCAGACUUUAGGCGGAUGCCCGAUCACAGAGGACCCCCAGGUAACCCUGGCUCCAACGCGGGGCCAGACCACCACCGGCCCUUCCACCCGGACAAACCCCCUCCCCUGCUGGAUCCGCGCUCCCCACAAGCCCAGAAGUCUCCCCACGACUCGCACUCGCCCACUGAGCGCCCCCCCAUCGAGGCCAAACCCGCGGGAGACUUCAACUGGAACAGCAGGUAGACGCCAGCUCCGGCCCUUCCUCCGACUCCUCAGGCCGAGAGGCCAGACACAGUGCCCAGGAAAAGCUACCCUCACUCUAGGGGGAAAACGGGGGAAUGGCUAGCUGCUGCUGCUGCCAAAGCUCCCGGCCUUGGCCUAGAGCAGCCAGUGGCCACUUCCCUCCUCAACACACAAACAACCUGCUCAACAGAGGAGGGAUCAAGACAAGCAAGCACCAUCUCUGCCAGCCCCAUUACUCUCCCUCCUCCCAUGGCCGCCAGGGGAUGCAGCCAGGAGCUCUGCCCCCCUUUAGGCCCCCCUCUCUCCCCCCAAUCCACUACCUGAGGCAGGUUACAGCCUGACCCCCAAGGAGUAGACAAGAGACACUGUUUAACUGUUAGCUGCAUUUCUAUGGACUCUGUGAACUCAGCCGUGAGAAAUGUUAAGUCCUAUGGACUGUCACAGGAACAAUCUUCAAUGCCUUUUUGAAAAGAACGAUUGAAUGACACAUUUGAAGUGCCUGACGCAUUUGGCCUUUUGAAAGUAAGCAGAGAAGGGAUUGACCCACCUACCCCCUCAGAGUAAAACAUUUAUUUUUUUGAUGUUUGUCGCUUUUGGUUGUUUUGUAGUUUUCAUUGUAGUAUUUUCCAAAAAAAAUAAGAAUCUCUCUUCUUAGAAAAGUAGUCUGUUUUACAAAAGAAACAGAUUGUGUCUGCUGCACCUUCAUACCAUCGAAGCUUUAAGUUGAGUAGCUCUGGUGAAACUUAUCAUGUGUUUUUCAUUUGACUCUCCCCGACAGCACAUUUCUCGUAGGAUCAAGCCUUUACAAUGACUCUCAGUGGAUUACACUGAAACAGCUUACUUUUUUUUAUAACAAUGUCACUUUAAAUGUUAAUGAUGAAUCAUUAGUAACCACUUUUGGUUUUUCCAUCACUGAAUUGACCAGUCUGCUAAAAAAAUGUACCAUUGAUAUGGCUUUUUUUAUCAAUCCCUUAACUGUGCUACGAGCACAUAACUGUUAAUAGUUGCCCAGCUUAAUGGCAAGAGUGGGCGUUUAUGCACCAGUAUUCAAGGUCCGUGUGUAUCUUUUAGGGACGACUCAGAACACUAUGAUAUGUAAGCUACUCUUCUCUUCAUCGUUUUUGUUUUCUUCACUUUGAGCCAUUUCAAUGCCUGUUGGGCCCUCUUGGGCCAGUACGGGCAGUAUGAAGACUUCUCCUGCAUCUGAUAUUGCACUAAAAGUUCAGUACUCUACAAGUCCUGUUUUCUACUUUGUAAGUAUUGAGUGUCAUGGACUCGAGACUCAUUCUUUCUUUCGUUCGUUUGUCAUCAGUGUGCUUUAUUAUUCUGCCUUUCAAAGUCAUGAAAGAAAGGAAAGAAAAGAAACCAAGUGAUCCAAGGAUGUCAGAUCAGGAUCGUCUCCAGCACAGAGAGCAGCUGACUCUGGCUUGAAUCCGGCCCUGACAUGGCACAGAUCCGGUCUGCCGCUGUCCAAGCAGACCGCCAACAUUCAGCAGUCAAGCUGACCCACAAUCCUGAUCUAUUGAACAUGAAACAUGUGGAUUUAUUUUUUAAAUGUGUUUAGCGUUCUCUCCAUGUGUGCCUUAAUUCUGAUGUACAUUCACAUGACUGUAUGGAUGCCUGGACGUUCAAUGAUUUGAACAUAGAGAUGUCUCAGUAUUAGGUGUUUGUGAUGGGAGUCGUAAUCAAGUAACUCGAGAAGACGACUCAAGUUUACUUGAGGAAGGGGGUGGGAACAAACGUGUGGGUUGUGUGGUUCCGUAGUGUCAUGGCAACAGAAAGGGAUGAGUUAAUGUGUUUGAAUUCAGUGUGAGCGUUAGUACUCUCAGAGUGCGACAGUUGUGUUUGUACCAAGAGAGUGCCCGGAGAAUCUUCCACCCCUUUUCACCACAACGCCACACCCCGCCAACCAGACACUACCCAACAGCUCUCGGAGCCAGGCUGAGCUCCACAGAUAUGCCAACCAGAGUAAUUUAUACACAAGAUGAAACUAAAAUGCCACUGUUCAAUCAGACUGAACUGUACAUAUGUUUAUAGACCUAUAUGUAUUAAAGUUUCCUACAUCAUGAAAAA